AUGUCUUACGUGUUGACUGAAACGUCUGCCGGUUAUGCACUUUUAAAGGCUUCCGACAAGAAGAUUCACAAGUCCCCCAAGUUGAUCCAAGACUUGGAUUCUUCUGAAAAAGUCUUGGAUGAAUUUAAGAUCGCUGCCUUUUCCAAAUUUAACUCUGCUGCCAACGCUUUGGAGGAAGCUAACUCUAUUACUGAAGGUAAAGUUACUCCACAGCUACAAAGCCUUUUAGAUGAAGUUAAAAAGGACAAAAAAUCUACUUUGAUUGUUAGUGAAACUAAAUUGGCAAAUUCUAUUAACAAACUGGGUUUAAACUUCAAUGUGGUUUCGGAUGCAGUUACUCUAGAUAUCUACAGAGCUGUUAAGGAGUACUUGCCUGAACUUUUGCCAGGAUUAACUGAUAAUGAUCUAAACAAAAUGUCUCUUGGUUUGGCACACUCUAUCGGUCGUCAUAAGCUUAAGUUUUCCGCAGAUAAGGUUGAUGUUAUGAUCAUUCAAGCUAUUGCCCUUUUGGACGACUUAGACAAAGAGAUCAACACUUAUUCCAUGAGAUGUAAAGAAUGGUACGGUUGGCAUUUCCCUGAAUUGGCCAAGAUUGUUACUGAUUUAGUGGCCUACGCAAGAAUUAUCUUGACUAUGGGAGUUAGAUCAAAGGCAGCUGAGACCGAUAUGAGCGCCAUUUUGCCAGAAGAAAUUGAAGAACGUGUUAAAGCUGCAGCUGAAGUUUCUAUGGGUACUGAAAUUACCAAGACUGAUUUGGAUAACAUUGGUGCUUUGGCCCAACAAAUUGUGGAUUUUGCUACUUACAGAGAACAAUUGUCAAACUACUUGACUGCUAGAAUGAAGGCUAUUGCCCCUAAUUUGACCCAAUUGGUCGGUGAAUUAGUUGGUGCUAGAUUAAUUUCUCACGCUGGUUCUUUAGUUUCAUUGGCUAAGUCUCCUGCAUCUACCAUUCAAAUUUUGGGGGCUGAGAAGGCACUCUUCAGAGCUUUGAAGACUAAGCACGAUACCCCCAAAUACGGGUUGUUAUACCAUGCAUCUCUAGUUGGUCAAGCUACCGGUAAGAACAAGGGUAAGAUCGCUAGAGUGCUCGCCGCUAAGGCUGCAGUUUCACUACGUUAUGAUGCAUUGGCAGAAGACAGAGAUGAUUCUGGUGAUGUUGGUUUGGAAUCAAGAUCUAAGGUGGAAAACAGACUUUCACAAUUAGAAGGUAGAGAUUUGAGAACCACACCAAAGGUGGUGCGUGAAGCUAAGAAGGUAGAAAUUUCAGAAGCCAGAGCUUACAAUGCUGAUGCUGAUACUGCAUCAGCUGCUCCAGCAAAAUCUGACGCUGACUCUGAUGACGAAGAAUCUGAAUCUGAACAAGAAGAGAAGAAGGAGAAGAAGGAGAAGAAAGACAAGAAGGAGAAGAAGGAAAAGAAAGAAAAGAAGGAUAAGAAGGAAAAGAAGAGAAAGAGAGAUGAAGAUGAAGAAGAUUCAAAGGAAUCAAAGAAAUCGAAGAAGGACAAGAAGGAGAAGAAAGAAAAGAAAGAAAAGAAAUCAAAGAAGGAGAAAAGCAAAUAG